GAAACAGAUGCACCACUAGCUGAGACUGCAACUUUAAAGGUUUCAAAUCCAGAUUCAAUGUCAAUGGAUGAACCAGAGAUUAAAGUGGAACAAGAAAACUCAAACAAGCCACCUGAUCAGCCUGCUGAGAUGAGUUCAUGACAAUUGAGGAGGCAGGAGAGACAUUAAAGAAGGGAAAGAUCAAAUUGGGACAGAGAGAAGGGCUUCCUUUGUUUCAAAUUGAUGCCGAUAGAAGACACCAGAGCUCACAACCAUGAUUCACUUUGUGCUUCUCAUCAGCCGACAAGGAAAAGUGAGGUUGACAAAGUGGUAUUCACCUUAUGCACAGAAGGAAAGAACAAAGGUAAUCAGGGAACUCAGUGGUUUAAUUCUCCCGCGAGGACCCAAGCUUUGCAACUUUGUGGAGUGGAGGGGUUUUAAAGUUGUUUAUAAAAGAUAUGCCAGACUGUAUUUCUGCAUGUGCAUUGACCAGGAUGACAAUAGAUUAGAGAUUCUUGAAAUUAUACACCAUUAUGUCGAAAUACUUGACCGCUACUUUGGAAGUGUCUGCGAGCUUGAUUUAAUCUAUAAUUUUCAUAAGGUAUAUUACAUUGCCCUGCUAUGUGUUUGAAUCCUUUUUCCCUUAUC